AUGCUCAAGAGGCUCUGCUGCUGCAAGUCGGACAGAGCGGACGGGCACCAAGUCCCGCCCAGCCCCGUCGCGCUGCGUCAAUUGCCUCGCCCGGCAAGUGGCCAGGUUGCGCAGAAGCCAGCGACGCCCAAGACACCGAUAUCGCCGCCUGCGCCUGUUAAGCAAGACGCGUCUCCACCAGCCCACGUGGAUGAGAAGCCGGUCAGACGCGAUCUCUGGCAGGAGGCGUUUGAUGCGCUGAGUGAUGACUGUAAAAAAUACGUAUCUGUGCAUGAGGGCGCUUCGACGGCCGCUGCGAUCGAUGAUGUGAUCCAGCAAACGGAGCAGAAAUACGCAGAGUGGGCGAAGGAGGCACUGCGGAUCAGAACUCACGAUGGGAAUCAUGUCGAUGUUCGUGAUGCGGCCAGGAAGAUUUUAAUCUCGGCGAUCCAGGCCAAGGAUGCCAUCGCGACGUGGGCUUCCUUUGAUCCUGCCGGUCAUGCAUCGGCUGCAUGGAGAAUUGUUUCACUUGGAUUGUUGAUGGUGCAACCUCAUAUCCAUCGGCGAGAUGCCGCUCUUGCUGCAUCACAGUAUCUCGCUGAUGCUCUUGCCUUUUUCACCCCGGUUGAUUCGCAUCGCCGAGGCGAAAUUGGCAGCAAUCAAAAGCUGGACGAUGCGCUUCUGGGCGUUUACACUGCCCUCCUCGACUAUUCAGCAGAAGUGAACAAGCUUCGGGAACAGAACCCUGCUGGUAAUGGACUUACGAGUGUCGCUGCAAUUGCCGAUCAGCCACUGUCGCAACUCAAAGCAAGUGUAGAAAAGAAGGGGCUCGGCGCUGAAAAGUGGACCAGCCCCAGCAAUGACCCCCAUGCCCGGGAGGUUGCUGAGAACAUACUGGCCAAGAUUGAUCAGUCCAUCGACCGCAAGAGUGUUCGAUCCAAAACUUCGAGUGUGGAAGAAUACGAAAAUAUCGUCGAAUGGAUGUCUACUGCAGACUAUUCGAAAGUCCAGAACGAAAUGCAGGAAGCUCGAACCCCCGAAACUGGGAACUGGUUUCUCAAUUCAGGCCAUUACAAGGGCUGGAAGGCUUCGCCCGGAAGCAUCUUAUGGCUGCAUGGAGCAUCGGGCUGUGGCAAAUCUGUCCUCAGUUCUACUGCCAUCCGGGAUAUCCAGCAAUUCUGUGAAGAGGAUGCAUCGAGAUCGUUUGCAUACUGGUACUUCCAAUUCGACAAUCGCCAAACGCAGAGUCCGGAGAGCUUGAUCAGGUGCUUGAUUCGACAGUUCAGCCAGAAGCCACUGGCACCAUCAGUAACCGAAAUCUGGGAGGAGCACAGCUCUCGAGGAACUGAGCCCGAUGGGAAAACAUUAUCAAAAGUUCUGCAUGACGUGCUCUCAAAUGUCCCCGGUGAGACUUUUCUGGUGCUGGAUGCAUUAGACGAAUGCCCGGAUGAACCGCGACGCAAGGAGAGACAGACAAUUCUAUCACUUUUGGUGGAUCUUGUCGAGCAACAUAAGAACAAGCUGCAUAUUCUCGCAACGAGUCGGCCGGAGGAAGAUAUACACGCCAAGCUGGGAGAAUUUCCAGCACUCAACGUGGACACCCGUCAAUCAGAAGAUGUGGGAACUUUUCUUCGCGCUAAAGUUGGCGAGGGAAUCUUCGAUAAAUUCGAUCAGCAAACACGAACCCAAAUCAUCGAUGGGAUCCUGCAAACUGGACAAAGGCAUUUUAAAUGGGCUGAUUUGCAAAUUCAACGAUUCGCGCAAUGUGAUACCAACGAGCAGAUCGAGAAUGCCCUCCAGACGAUUCCAAAAAAUCUCGAGGAUGCGUAUCAAGAAGCUCUAGGCAGGAUCCAACAGAGCGACCAUGAAAAGGCGCGCUCGAUCUUUAUGCUCCUGUGUCUUUCACCUAUGCCACUCGAACCGAAAACCGUUGCAGCCGCAGUGGACUUUCCCGCCGCAGAUCUUGUCAAGAUCUGCAACCCUUCUCUGGUCACCGUCAAAGAUGGCCUGAUCAGACUGGCUCAUUUGUCGAUCAAGGAAUUCCUCGUAAUACAGAUCGUCCCCGAAGAAGAUGAAGAAGAUUUGGAGGAAGAUCCCGAAGAACUUCCUGAAGAAGUACCCGAAGAAAACCCCGAUGAAGAUGCCGAAGAAGAUCCUGAAGAAGACUCAAGAGAAAACCAUCCGUGUCGGUUCACGGAGGAGGAAGGCCACACUGCCUUGGCCAAGCAAACAGUUGACCUUCUGCUUUCUACCAAGGAUGGGAUCUUGACCGAGGAGAUCGCUAUGAAUCAGCCCAUGUUAGUCUAUUCGGCAAGGCACUGGUACCUUCAUGUGGCUGCCCUGGCCAAUAUCCACCCGGAGCUAGUAGGCAAGGUCAGUCAUAUCUUCUGCGAGCCCAACAUAUACUAUAAUUGGAUGCGGAUAUCCCCGGGUCGAUACUCUGCUCAGGAUAACCCAUGGCACAAAACACUCGAGCAGUGCCACCCGGCAAUCUGUCAAGCCUCAAAGAUGGGAUUCUACCGCCCUGUGCAGGCUCUGCUUGCGGAGGGAUCAGAUCCUUUGGCGUCAUUUGAUGCAUCUGGAGAGCAAAAUGCAUUGACCGAGGCUGUCAAAUACGGUCACGUGGAUAUCCUGAAAUACAUGCUAGGGUACGAAAUUACCAUCCCCAAAGCAUCAGUCCAGCACAUUUUCGGAUCCAUCGAUCUUCGCGUUAUCGGAAUAGAGACGUUACAGACCGUCUUUGACAUCUUCUGGGAGAUAGGUGCGCUGCGAAGUGCAUCCGAAGAAUCCGAGGAUGUCGUCGAUAAAGAUAUCGUGAAUCGGAUCGUUCAAAACCCGUCUUCGGGGCCGGAAAUCCUCGAAAUGUUGCUUUUCUGGCUCGAGAAGCCAUUUACCCUGGCCAUGGACGAUGUUUUGAAAGCAGUGAUCGGUUCCAGCCGUCCGGAGGAAAUCAUGCGAAUGCUUUUCGAGAAGUGCAACGACGAUGUACAAAUCACCCCCUCGCUUAUGAUGUCCUUUUCCAAGAAGCUCGGCGUGAUGGAUAUCCUUUUGAAGAAACGGGGGGCUGAGCUUCCUCUGGGUGACGAGGUUAUUUCGUAUAUCGUCGCUAAUGCAGACUGGAAAGUCAUGGACCUUCUCCUGCAGGCUCGUGGAAGUGACAUCCCAAUCACCGAGGGAGUGUUAAUAUCAGCAGUUGCGAAGGGCUCACGGGCAGGAAUGAUUCGGUUUAUCUUCGAAAAACGACAGCCCGGCGCCGAGAUUAACGAGAAUAUCUUGACUGCCGCCGCAAGUAAUCCCCGUGGACAGGAAAUCAUGCAAUGUUUGCUUGCCGAACUUGCCCCAAGCACACCCUUGACCGCGAAUGUCAUCCAGACACUGGCUGGGAAUCUCGAAUCCGGAAUCAAUAUGACGAAGAUGGUCCUGGUCCGACAACAUCCAGGCUUUGUUGUAUCCGAGACAGCGCUGGAAAUCGCUGCGUCAAGAGAGAACAAUCCGGUUGAAAUGCUGCAAUUGCUUAUCCGCAACGGUGGCUCGGAUAUCCCCAUCACAGAGAACGUGGUGUUAAGGGCCGCUGAGAAUCCCCAUUGGGGUCCUUCUGUGUUUGAGUAUCUGUGCGAGUUGCAUGGGAACACCCUCCCCAUCACGGAUAAGGUGCUUGUCGCCAUCGCGAACAGUACCCACGACGAUGCCACCCGAUUCCUCGAAAAGACCGUCAAGAGAUUUUCUCUGCCACAGUCGGUCUUGGAAGCAGCAUACCAGAAUCUCGGCGAUUCUAUUGGAUCUGCAGUCUAG